AUGCUGGGCAUGUAUGUGCCGGACAGGUUCUCCCUGAAGUCCUCCCGGGUUCAGGACGGGAUGGGGCUCUACACGGCCCGCAGAGUGAGAAAGGGUGAAAAGUUUGGACCCUUCGCUGGAGAGAAGAGAAUGCCUGAAGACCUGGAUGAAAAUAUGGAUUACAGGUUGAUGUGGGAGGUUCGGGGGAGUAAGGGAGAAGUUCUAUACAUUUUGGAUGCUACCAACCCACGACAUUCCAACUGGCUUCGCUUUGUCCAUGAGGCACCAUCUCAGGAGCAGAAGAACUUGGCUGCCAUUCAAGAAGGAGAAAACAUUUUCUAUUUGGCAGUUGAAGAUAUAGAAACAGAUACAGAGCUUCUCAUUGGCUACCUGGACAGUGACAUGGAGGCUGAUGAGGAAGAACAGCAAAUUAUGACAGUGAUCAAAGAAGGGGAAGUUGAAAAUUCUAAAGGACAAUCAACAGCUGGCAAAAAAGAUCUCCUUGGCUGUAAAGAGGACUAUGCCUGUCCCCAAUGUGAAUCGAGUUUUACCAGUGAGGAGAUUCUUGCUGAGCAUCUUCAGACACUGCACCAGAAGCCCACAGAGGAGAAAGAAUUUAAGUGCAAGAACUGUGGAAAGAAAUUCCCAGUUAAGCAGGCUUUGCAAAGACAUUUUGAGCAGCACCAGGAGACCUGUCAGGGGGAUGCCAGGUUCGUGUGCAAGGCUGAUAGCUGUGGAAAGAAGCUGAAGAGUAAGGAUGCUCUGAAAAGACACCAGGAAAAUGUCCACACUGGAGAUCCUAAGAAAAAGCUCAUAUGUUCAGUGUGCAAUAAAAAGUGUUCUUCAGCAUCAAGCCUACAAGAACAUAGAAAGAUUCAUGAGAUAUUUGAUUGUCAAGAAUGUAUGAAGAAAUUUAUUUCAGCUAAUCAGCUAAAACGUCAUAUGAUCACUCACUCAGAAAAACGACCGUAUAAUUGUGAAAUUUGUAAUAAAUCUUUCAAGAGGCUCGAUCAAGUGGGUGCCCACAAAGUAAUACACAGUGAAGAUAAACCUUACAAAUGCAAGCUGUGUGGAAAGGGAUUUGCCCACAGAAAUGUUUACAAGAAUCACAAAAAGACCCACUCUGAGGAGAGACCAUUCCAGUGUGAGAAAUGUAAAGCUUUGUUCCGGACCCCAUUUUCUCUGCAGAGACACCUGCUAAUACAUAACAGUGAGAGGACCUUCAAGUGUCAUCACUGUGUUGCUACCUUUAAACGGAAGGAUACAUUAAAUGUUCAUGUCCAGGUGGUCCAUGAAAGACACAAGAAAUACAGAUGUGAGCUAUGUAAUAAGGCUUUUGUUACACCUUCAGUGCUUAGAAGUCAUAAGAAAACACAUACAGGAGAAAAGGAGAAGGUCUGCCCAUAUUGUGGUCAGAAAUUUGCCAGCAGUGGGACACUGAGAGUUCAUAUCCGGAGCCACACAGGUGAGCGUCCCUAUCAAUGUCCUUACUGUGAAAAAGGAUUCAGUAAAAAUGACGGACUGAAGAUGCACAUUCGUACUCACACAAGGGUUUGUGACUUGGCUUUUAGCCUGAAGAAAAUGCUGAUCCGACACAAGAUGACUCAUAAUCCCAAUCGUCCACUGGCAGAAUGCCAGUUUUGCCAUAAGAAGUUUACAAGGAAUGACUACCUCAAAGUGCACAUGGACAAUAUCCAUGGUGUAGCUGACAGCUAAUGGUAGCUGUAAAGGAAUUAAACCAUCCAGAAGAGCUUCUAAUAUGAAUCCCAGAUUUUUCUCACCUGAUCAGCAUAACAGAA